AUGAAAAAGAAAUAUCAUAUACCAAAAGAAAAGAGUGUUGAACUCUUCAAAUCUUUAACUGUUCAUGAAAAAAAAUUUGGAGAACGUAUACGUAUUGAAAGUGUUAUUUUAUCUAAACGAAAAGUUCAAUAUGAAGAGCAAAUAAAAGAAAAUCCUUUCCAUUACGAUGUUUGGUUUGACUAUACACGUCUUUUAAUCAGUGAAGGGCAAGAACGGGCAGAGGUUGAAGAUUGUUUUGAAAGGGCUAUUGCCAAUGUUCCUCCAUAUAUGGAAAAACGUUAUUGGCGUCGUUAUAUCUGGUUAUGGGUUUAUUAUGCAAUAUAUGAAGAAUUGGAUGCAAACGAUCCUGAACGUUGUAGAGAGGUUUUUUUGAAAAAAAUUUUUAAUACAUUUUUUAUAAAGGUUUGGACUGCUUGUUUAGAUAUAAUUCCUCAUCGUCAAUUUACUUUUGCAUUUAUUUGGUUAAUGUUUGCACAAUUUGAAUUACGACAACUUAACCUGACUGGGGCACGUAAAAUUCUUGGCGUUGCAAUUGGGAAAUGCCCAAAGAAAAAAUUAUUUCGUGAAUACAUUGAAAUUGAGCUUAAAUUGAGGGAAUUUGAUAGGUUGAUCUAUUUAAUAUUUUAA